AUGACUGGAAACCAAGUGGAGGCUCUGAAGAUACAAGGAGAAGACAAACUGAGGGACAAGUGGAAGAAGCAGAGUCUGACUGAGCAGCAGACCUGCACACAGGACAUCAAUGCUGUUCUGAGAGAGAUGACCGCCUUGGUGGCUGCACUGAAGGUGGAGGUGCAGCACCUACAGAAAGACAAUGAAGCACAGGAAACUCAGAUCAAAGAACUGCAGGAUCACAAUCGAGUUCAGGUAGCAGAACUGGCUGCUGUUAAAGUCAACGCUGAAAACCAAGUGGAGGCUCUGAAGAGAGAAGGACAAGCCAAACAACUGGCUUUCUCUGCCUCUUUGUCGGGUAACGGACACACUGGACCGUUCAACACCCAUAUAACUCUGAUCUUCAGAAAUGUUGUUACUAAUAUUGGAAAUGCCUACAACCCAAAUACAGGACUGUUCACUGCACCAGUAAGAGGAGUUUAUCACUUUGACUUCCACAUAUAUGGAGGUGGUUCUACUACUCCUGUAUCUGCUGCGUUGAUCAAGAAUGGAGAGCACAUCUGUGUAUCAUGGACGCAUCAGACUGCUGGUGCUCAGAAAACGUCUAAUGGCGUCUCACUGCUGUUAGAAAUUGGAGAUGUUGUAUUUUUGCGAAUGUGGGCCAAUUCAUGGGUUUUUGACAAUGCAGAUCGUCACACUACCUUUAGUGGUCAUUUACUUUUCAUCAUGUAGGCAUCUAAAAAGAUUUUUAAUUACAAUCUGUGACAUGAGCACAAUAAACAAACAUCUGCAUGAAAAAUUCAGUUAUGGAAAUGAUUAAUUUGUAAAAUAACAGAGUUGAUCACAGUUUUGUUAAAUGUGUCGUUUGAUUUGUAUUUGGGAUUUUAUUUUAUUCAUUUAUUUAUUUAUUUUUUGCUGUAGUUUAAGUCUAAAUUAGGACAUAAAAACUGAACAAGAUCAUCUGAUUUAAAGUGUCAUUUACAACUUUUAUGAAAACUGGAGGAACAAACUGUAUAUAUGAACCCCAUUGUUUCAUUUUCUGAUUAAACAAACAGUGGAAACAGUAAUAAGGGAUUUCUUUCAAAUGUGUGUAUAACUCAAGUCAAUUCCAUUAAUUGUGUUACAUCUGAAACAAUUUAAAAGAUGACUUUUUUUUGUACAUGUAUCUGAAACUG